AUGUCGCGACACUUCAUGCACUCCGCCAAGGGUACGGAUUCCCUACAGCAAUCACUGGAAGUGAGGUCGGUUCGAAGAAGACUAGAUGGUCGCAAUGUUGCCGUGGACUUGCGUCGUCGUCGGUGCUCCCCUCGGUCAACCUCCUGUAUCGGCCAUCACAACGUAGUCGGUGUUGUAAGAAAGGCACCCAAGAACCAACCGUGCCAAUUAUGGAAAUGGCUUGUAACUGAGAAGAUAUUUGACCACAACGUCAGUGACGAGUUGCUGCAGAUCAAUGGUUUCAUGACGGCGGGAAUGUCGUAUCGUCGUGCGGUGGAGAUAAUCCGGGCGGGUGGCAACUUGGUCCGCCCCGCUGCGCUGUCGCCGCUGCCUCUACCUGCGCUCUCCUUCGCACGCUUCCAUCCACUGCCGCCUAUACCGUCUUCAGCCCCCGUGGUGCCGCAGCCACCACCGGCGCCUCCACUACCACCGCCAUAUCUCCGCUCACUGCAGUUCUUUGCCCCUUCAUCCGUGCACAAAUCAUCCAUUGGAUCCCAUCCCCUACUCUCCUCGGCCUCCGCCGCAGCCGUUGCCUCCACCGCACUACCAGAAUGGGGGAAUGAGGAUGCCUCUGGGUUUCCCCUUCUCUCCACCACAUUUCCGCCACCCGUUUCUCUCCUCCUCUCUCCACCUCCCACCAUCACUGAAAUCUAA